AUGGAUCCAUACGUUCCGAUUGAUCAGCGCCCAGUCAAGACAUCGCUUGGGCAAGAAAGAGAAGAUGAAUUAAAAAAAGCAGGGUACUUUUCAAAUCUAAGUGCGGCUAUCACUGAGAAAGAGUGUGCCGCUCGAAAGAAAGAGGAACAAUUGUGGAAAGGAACACUGCACAAGGCAGUGGAAGCACAGCAUCAGAUUGAGCGCGAAAAAGAGCGAAGGGCUAAAGAGGCCAAAAUGAUUGGUGAAGCCGAUGAUUAUGCCGAGUACCAAGACAUUGGUGGAUUAGGCGAUAGUGACGAUGAUGAUGACGAGGAAGCAGCUCGACGUCGUAAAGCAGCCGGACUAAGCAAAAUUAACUGUGAUCCAGAAGAAAAGUUUCGUCGAAAAAAGCAGAAACAAAAAAGCAAGCUUGCGAAUGACCUUGAGAAAAUCAACAAGAUCAUGGCAGAGAAGGCAAACAAGUCAUAA